UACAAUUGGAAUACCCUAGAAUGUGAACUUGUCCACAUCCAAGGAGCACUCCAGACCGAUAUGGUGAUUGACAAUAGUGAAUGGAGGGCAGUGUAUGCUACUGACAUUCCAGAGGUUCUGGCAGGCGUGUGUGGCAACAACAAUUGUCCAUUCAGUCAAAAAUGUGUGGAGCUGACGUCGGGAGGAAGCGCCUGUGUUAAUCAGGAUAUAAUAUUGGCUCCUGGGAUAUACGGUGACCUGCUACCCAACACACGACUGUAUCACCCACAAGGCAACACUACUAUCACAAUGUACGAGUGUACAGCUCUUACUGACCAACAACCAAUCGAGUCACAUCCAGUAGCCAGGAUUGUUAAUGGAGUUUAUACUCGAGCAACUGUGUCAUGUUCUGCUGCCGACUGUGUUAUUCCGUCUGUAUCCUACGAGGCGUAUGUUACUGUUACUGUAUCCGGUACUCUCUGCCAGCGCUGGGACUCGAAUUCUCCUCACGAUACUAAAUUUUUCCAAGGAAGAUCCGAUCUGAAAAAUUGGUGUCGACUACCAAACAACGAAACCACCAAACCCUGGUGUUACACAACUGAUCCAAAUAUUCGCUGGGAUCUUUGUCCAGUCAUUGAUUGUCUUUGACAAUGCCAAAUUUUAUGGUUGACUAUAUGCGUCCUUCAGUACGGUUAUCCACUGCCCGUAACGGAGUAGCGGAUUCUUACAGAAGUUUGGAAACAAAAUUUGUUUCAUACCCCGAUGAAACUAAAAAAUAAUUGACAUCAACGCUUAUAAUUAAUU